AUGCCACUCAUAAUACUGACCGGCUACCCUACCUCCGGUAAAACCUACCGGGCUUCCCAACUUCGCGAAUACUUCCUCGCAAAAAUAUCUUCGCUUCCUCCCAGCAGUCCUUCUUCCUCCCUCCGUGUCCAUCUUAUCUCUGACCACACUCUUGCCAUUUCCCGCGAAGUGUAUAAUCUUGAAUCCAAAUCCGCUAAUGAGCGAUCGAAUAAUGCUAGCGAGAAAGAUGCUCGAGCUACAAUAUAUGGUGCGGUGAAGAGAGUGUUAAGUAAUAAAGAUGUGGUAAUACUGGACGGAGGGAAUUACAUUAAAGGGUGGAGGUAUCAAUUAUUCUGCGAAGCAAAAGCUAUGAGGACUGGAUGCUGUGUUAUGCAUGUUGGAGUUCCUGCUGAUAGAGCUAAGGAGCUUAAUGAAGCACGGUUGGAACGAAGAAAUCUUUCACCUUCGGAACAAUCUGCGGAGAUCAAGGAAGAGGAUAAACCAUAUGAACAGGAUAAUUGGGAGAAUCUAGUAUUCAGAUACGAGGAACCAAAUGCGAUGGUACGCUGGGACUCUCAGUUAUUCACAGUCGUAUGGGAAGAUGAAAACGUACCAGGAGACGCCAUUUGGGAUGCUAUAAUCGGGGAUGAAUCAGAAGGAAAGAGGAAGAUUGUCAGGCCAAAUGCAGCGACAGUAGCAAAGGUUCAUAGUAGUGAGGGGUUCCUAUACGAAUUAGAUAGGACGACCCAAACGGUUCUCAAUCGGAUUUUGGAAUGGAGUCAAGACCACCCAGGCGAGGGAGGAGGAGAAAUCAGUGUUGGCGAGAAUUCGAAAGGGGAGGAACUGGUGGUGGAGUUACCUGGAGAUCCGGUGGGACUGCCGGCAUUGCAGCGGCUAAGGAGACAAUUUAUAAGUUUGCAGAGGACGAAUCCGGUGACCGUGGAGAGGGUUAAGGAGACGUUUGUGAGAUAUCUGAACGAUAGUUUUGAAGCUUAG